AUGUCGAUGAGUCAGUAUGGAAAUUAUUCUUGUGGUCCGGACCUUGAAAUUCUGCCAAUGAUCGACAUUGCGAACAUAGCAUGCGGAUUUCAUGCAGGUGAUCCUAUUGUUAUGUCUGAGACUGUGCGAUACUGCAAGAAUCAUAGUGUUCGGUGUGGUGCUCACCCGGGUCUGCCAGAUGUUCAAGGCUUUGGUCGUCGCGAGAUGAAAUUGUCCCUCAAAGAAUUCACGGAAAUUACCGUGUAUCAGAUUGGCGCACUUAAAGGGUUUCUUGAUCGUGAGAACAUUCCUCUGAACCACGUCAAACCCCAUGGAGUGCUAUACGGUAUGAUGUGUCGUGACUAUGAGAUCGCGAAGGCUGUCAUGAAGGGAAUACCAGACGGUGUUCCUAUCAUUGGUCUUCCUAAUACGAAUAUGGAGCAUGCGGCGAGUGAUUCAGGUACGCCUUUUAUGGCGGAACUAUACGGCGAUGUGAAGUACACUAAGGAUGGAUAUUUGUUGCUAGACCGAAAAAAAAAGCCAUGGAAGAUUGAAAACGUGAAGACACAUGUCACUCAACAGCUUAAUGAUGAAGGGGUGACUUCGGUAGAUGGAUAUUUUGUGCCGCUGCCUGUGAAGAAUUACCCUGUUACAAUCUGCUGCCAUUCGGACUCUCCAGGAUGUUUGGAUAUUAUCAGGACCACGAGAGAGGUCAUUGAUGAAUAUAACCGACGAUCUGGGACUCUAGAUCCAAAAUAG